AUGUCGGAGACAGCCCCCACCGAGGCCGCCACCCCGGCGCCCGUGGAGAAGUCCCCCGCCAAGAAGAAGGCAACUAAGAAGGCAGCGGGCGGGGCCGCGGCCAAGCGCAAGGCGUCUGGGCCGCCCGUGUCCGAGCUCAUCACCAAGGCGGUCGCCGCCUCCAAGGAGCGCAACGGGCUCUCUCUGGCUGCGCUCAAGAAGGCGCUGGCGGCCGCGGGCUACGACGUGGACAAGAACAACAGCCGCAUCAAGCUGGGCCUCAAGAGCCUGGUGAGCAAGGGCACCCUGCUGCAGACCAAGGGCACCGGCGCCUCGGGCUCCUUCAAGAUCAGCAAGAAGGCGGCCUCCGGCGAGGCCAAGCCCAAGGCCAAGAAGGCGGGCGCGGCCAAGCCCAGGAAGCCUGCGGGCUCCACCCCCAAGAAGCUCAAGAAGGCGACGGGCGCCAAGAAGGCCGUGAAGAAGACCCCCAAGAAGGCAAAGAAGCCUGCAGCUGCCGGUGUCAAGAAGGUGACCAAGAGCCCCAAGAAGCCCAAGGCCGCUGCUAAGCCCAAGAAGGCGGCCAAGAGCCCUGCCAAGCCCAAGGCUGUGAAAGCCAAAGCCGCCAAAGCCAAAACGGCCAAGCCCAAGGUAGCCAAACCUAAGCCCACGAAGGCCAAGAAGGCGGCUCCGAAAAAGAAGUAG